AAAACAACAUUUACCAGGAAGUAAACCCGAGGAGGAAACGCAGGAGGAAGCUAAAAGUAGCAAACUUUUAGGUUUUAAAGGUGGUUUUAAACGGUUUUAAGUAAAAAGGAAGAGGUUUGGUGGAAACUUUGGGCCUUUUGACGAUCCAGAGGAACUUUUUUGGCUUCUUCCACGAUGGACUUUGAUCCGGAGCGGGGAGGAAUAGAGGACGUACCGGAGACGAAGGACAAGGUCCAGGCCCUGAAGGAUCAGGUAGAUGGCGUGAAGGACAUCAUGACGCAGAAUGUGGACCGGAUCCUGGCACGAGGAGAGAGGCUGGACGACCUGAUGGGAAAGACAGAGGAUCUGCAGGCAGGGGCUCAGAACUUCAAGCAGACGGCUCACAAAGUGGCGCGAUCCUACUGGUGGAAGAACGUGAAGCUGAUCGUGGUCAUCGUGGUGGUGGUGCUCAUCAUCGUCCUCAUCAUCAUCCUGCUGGCCACCGGCGUCAUUCCCGUCAGUGCACCCGUGCCUCCCGUAGUCGAGCCAACCAAAAAACCCUGAAGAAGGAAGUCCAACGAGACGCCCUGAGCUCAGAAACACAGUAAUAUAUUGAUGAUAGCAGCUUAGUGUUGGUUUUUCUGCUAAAUAUCGAAGGUUUCUUCAGUUUUCUUUUCAUGCUUUUGUUACAGGCACUUUAAUGGCUCCUAGUUCUGAUGAGCAUUUUCCCUUUGAUGUUUAUGUGACCAUUUAACCGGGAUCCCUCUCAUGAUGACCCACCCCCCUCCCCGUUAAACCAUCUUGAAUGUUACGGCUUAUUUUGUUGAAAGAGAAUAAUUAUUUUCACGCUGUAGAAGGAAAUGCGCUGCAGAUAAACCAUCGUUACUCUCAGAUCUGUUACAGAACAGCAGCUUAUUGCUAAAAACGUUCAGGAGGGUCGAGCUCCUCCAGUCUACCAGCUGGGAGAGACCAGAAACACCCCCCCACCCACCCCCUUCUGCCUCUUUAGCUUCAGACAAAUUAAUCUAAUUAUAAAGUGUAUAUAGUCAUCAUCAUCCAUGUAUAUUUACUGUCUUAUAAAAAGUCUCUAACCUCUAAAACCAGAUUAUUUAAUGCUGUAUUUUAUUCUAUGAAAUCCAGAAUGGUUUCUAGAUUUUUCUGUAUAAAUAGUUGAUCUCUACUAAUGAAUUAUAAAACGGUUCAGUUUGGUUUUGUUACUUGAUCAGAAACGAGAUGCCGGUAGAAGGUCAGAAUGAGUUGGAACAAAUUGUCUCUGUGUUUGUUUUUCUGUUGUUGUGAUUCUGGGAUGCAGCAGCCUCUGAUCUCCAGCGUGUUGCUUUGUGAUUGAUGCUGGAGCGAUAAAUGUGAUGGAGGAUGGCUCUGCUGGGUUUAUGGUAUUUAAUGGUUUUACUGUCUGAUGAAGUCAAUAAAUGGAUUCACCUCUC